AUGUGUCAUGCGUUUGAUCCAGAUGCUAAGGAUGGACAUGAUCUACUUAUUGGGCUGAAUUCUGGGGAUGUCUACACCGUAUCACUAAGACAGCAGUUACAGGAUGUCAGUAAGAAGCUUGUUAAUGCUCAGCAUUAUAACAAAGAUGAUGAAUCAGAUACAGAUAGUGAGGAGUCAGAUGUUAGUGGGUCUGAUGGAGAGGACACUUCAUGGAUAUCUUCGUUCUGUAAUCUACGAGGGAACGAGUUCUUUUGUGAAGUUGAUGAUGAUUACAUUCAAGAUGACUUCAACUUGUGUGGACUCAGCAGUCUAGUUCCUUACUAG